AUGGAUCUGCUUUCAAGUAUUCGCAAGACCGGUUCAAGAGGAGGUGUCAACUUUAGCUGGGAUGAAGUCGCAAGCUCUUCACAUCGCGAAAACUAUCUCGGCCACAGUCUCAAGGCACCUGUUGGACGCUGGCAAAAAGGCCGCGAUCUCAACUGGUAUGCCAAAGCGGAAGACGAUUCUGGAGAGCCCAACGAAGAUGGCGAGACCGAGGAGGAGCGUCGAGAGAGAGAACGAAAGGAAGAGUUGCGCAAAAUCAAGGAAGCCGAGGAGGACGCUAUCGCAAAAGCCCUGGGGCUGCCACUUCCCGUACGAAACUCUUCCGGUGCGAACGCAGUAGAGGUUGAUCCCAGUAAACGAAAGCUUGGUCCGGAAAGUGGCCCUCCUGAGGAAGCUGAGGACGAAAAGAGGGAGAGCUCAAGACGUCAUGACGAUACCGAGAGGCGAGAACGACGAAGACAUCGAAGUCGCGAUCACGGUCACGAUCGCGAGCGCCGCCAUCGACGACAUAGGAGGAGCCGAAGUCGUGACCGGAUGGUGACAAGGAAAGUAGCCGUAGCCAUAGGCGUCACCGUGAGGGUCAUCGAAGAGGAGCCACGGAGGAAGACGAACGACGCCACAGGGAUAGCAGCAGGGAGCGCCGCCGAUCAAGGUCGAGAGAUAGACGCAGACGCAGUGCCAGUCCGAGGCCUCAUCGUCGAGACUAAGGUCACCGCUUCUGGCCUUGAACUUCAAAACAGUCGAAUAUGA